AUGAAGAAAUGUGGGAACACAGAGGUCUACUUUUGGUUGGGUCCCUGCCAACUGCUCCCACUUCCAUUCAGCGAGCUGCACUUUCACUUUCUCUUCACUUGUAUAAAAGAACUCAGCCUCAGCCCCAAGAUCCACAGAGCGCCCUCCGGAGCCUGCCAGCCUCCUCCUCCAGCACCUCUACACAUCAUGGAUCCCAGAGUGUGUGGCCUGCUCCUGCUGCUGUCUGCUGCCCUCUGCACAGCUGAGAUCCCUGUGGAUUGUUGCCUGGCAUAUAGCAGCCAGCGCCUGCCUGCCAAACUCAUUCAGCGCUACGAGCUGCAGAAGGCGGGGAGUGGCUGUGACAUCAGCGCCACUGUGCUCCAUACAAUAAAAGACAGACAGCUGUGCCUGCCUCACCCAGAGGGACACCCAUGGGUGCAGAAACUCCUGAGGAUAGUGGACCAGAGGAAUGCAAAGCAGUCGUAG